AUGAAAAAAAUUCCACAGAUUUCUGUGCUACAAGUUCCAGUUCGUCAUCUUAAUUUACUGGAGUAUCAAAGCAAGGUCCUCUUGGACAACCAUGGAGUUACUAUUCAAAAAUUCAAAUUGUUGGAUUCAGCAGAAUAUGCUCUUGAGUCAUCAACAAGUCUAGGAGCUGCUGAGUAUGUUGUCAAAGCUCAGAUAUUAGCAGGUGGACGAGGCAAGGGACACUUUGACACUGGUUUCAAAGGUGGUGUUCACCUAACAAAAGAUGCUAAUGAGGUGGCCAAGCUAGUUGAGCAAAUGGUGGGCCACAAACUCAUCACAAAGCAGACUCCUGCUGAUGGCAUCCUUGUGAGGAAAGUCAUGGUGGCUGAAUCUGUGGACAUUCUCCGAGAAACUUAUCUUUGUAUCCUUAUGGACAGAGACCACAAUGGCCCCGUAGUGCUAGCCAGUCCUGACGGUGGUGUUGAUAUUGAAGAAGUUGCUGAGAAAACUCCUGAAAGGCUUUUGACACUGCCAAUUGAUAUUUUUGAAGGUAUUACUGAAGAGAAGGCUUUACAAGUAGCAGAUUUCCUGAACUUCAAGGAUUCUCUGCGUAAAAAGUGUGCUCAAGAAGUUAUGAGCGUCUGGAAGAUGUUUUUGAACGUGGAUGCCACGCAGAUCGAGAUUAAUCCUUUGAUAGAGACUCCAGAGGGCCGCGUGGUUGCUGUGGAUGCCAAGAUUCAGUUUGAUGAUAAUGCCCAGUUCAGACAGAAGGAAAUAUUUGCAUCUGAAGAUACUUCUGAAUCUGAUCCCCGCGAGGUCGAUGCUGCAAGCCACAACCUGACUUUCAUUAGCAUGGAUGGAAAUAUAGGCUGUCUUGUGAACGGAGCUGGUCUUGCAAUGGCCACGAUGGAUAUCAUUCAGCUACACGGGGGCGUACCUGCUAAUUUCCUAGAUUUGGGAGGUGGAGUGAACGAAGAUCAGGUGUAUCAAGCUUUCCGUAUUUUGAGCGGGGAUCCUUCUGUGCGUGGCAUUCUCGUGAACGUCUUUGGUGGCAUCGUCAACUGCGCCACCAUAGCCAAUGGCAUCGUGAGCGCCUUCAAAAACAUUGACUUGAAAGUCCCGCUUGUUGUUAGGCUCGAGGGUACUAAUGUUGCUGAGGCAAAACGCAUCCUGGCGGAAUCUGGCCUGCCUAUUCAAUCAGCUGGCGAUCUUGACGAAGCUGCGAAGAAAGCUGUGGCUGCCAUACAAUGAGAGAUCGUUAGGCCGAGAUUGUAAAUUAUGUUGCUUCAUCACAUUUCCACUGUUGAUGCCUUUUCAUAUAUUUAUAUAUUUGGGAUGGUGUAAUAUGUAAGCCUCGUCGAAACUUUCUCGUUUAAGGCAGCUCACUUUUUUUAUGAGAAUAUUUAAUCAAAGUUAGUUGCUACUCUGCAAUCAGUAGGAAUAUCGCUGAUGCUUCAAUGAGUCUUCAGUUUUUCAUUAAGUAACUGACUAAUAUUGUGCUUUUUAAAUAAACAAAACAAAACAAGCGAUAAGCGAAACUUGGCAGAAGGUAAUUUGUGUACUCUUGGUGACUAAUGUGAUUUUAUAAUGAAGCUCCAAUGUAGUUACAAUCUGAUAGCGGGAUACUGAUAUUCAGUUUGUCAUUUUACGAUUUAUUUAUAAACUAUUUUUCAAUAAAAGAAAUGAUCA